CCAUUUUUGCGGGACGUCAGCAAAACUACACUUAUCAAUACUGCUCUGUUUUGAGACUUUGUCGUGUUUAACCCAUGAAGUUCGUUUAGUACCGACAUGUGGGCAGCUUCGGACAGAACCGAGGAGUCGAACACAGCGAACUGGAUCCUGCAGCACCCCGUGUUCCAACAGAUGAAGGACCUGCAGGACAGAGACAGCGAGCAGCUGCAUGCAGCAUUUCUGGCCUACAUGGAUCUUACUGAGGUGCGCCGGUGGACUGACGUGUCCUGCGUCAGGAGUCCAGAGCUGCAGCUGGUUCUGUUGGAAGCGAAGGAAAAGGACGGUGCACCUGCUCACACUGUCCUGCCCCUGCCCUCACACCGCUCUCUGAGCCACAGAAGCGUUCGCCACGCGCUGGACAGGGGGCUUCCUGUACUGCUGUGCGCCGUGGCGUCCGACUCCACCCUGGUCUAUCAGAGGAUGACAGACGGGUUGGUGACACCAGACCCCCCCGCGGGACCCUUUCAGGAUGUGGGACGUCGUCAGCACCGGAAGAGACGGCAGAAAUGCUGAGCGAAGAACCGAUGAAGCUCACAGGAGCUAAAAGGAUGUGGCUGGGGGCUCGCUACUCCGUCAGUCUGAAGUGACGGCUUAAA